GUACUCACACUCACCGGCGGCUGUAGCUGGGAUAAGCACGUGCGUUUUGCCGACCAUGAGUCGCGGAAUGGCAUGUUUGUCAUCUCGGGUCGACUUGUGUCAACGAUGCCACAGGCUUUCGUGAUAUUAUGAUUUCUUUGUUGUUAGCCUUCGUCUUGGAGAGACGUAGAGAAGAGUAAGAUUCUUGCCUGGGCUUGAUUACUCCUGGCUUAGACAUCACGCCAGCACUGUUUGGAAGGGAAGAAAAUGAGAUUGUCGCAUUUGCAGUAUUGAUAUUAACGAUAUUGUGACUUGUGUUCCAGUGAGCUGCGAGUGAGAGUGAGCACUGACAUCGUCUGACUGAUUACUUAUCAGACCAAGAUUUUGUAGGAUGGAACGUGCUUGUAUCAUUUUGGACCAACGUGACGUCGGGCGUAUGGCAAACAUGAAAUUGAGCAUUCCAUUAUUCAAACAAGAAUCACCAUCUGCUCAAAAUGACGACCAUUCUGAAUCAACGAGGUAACACAGAAUGCCCUUUACCCUCCAACAUUUCUCCCGCCUGUACAGCGAGGCUACUGAGGAGAAGCAGACAGCAUAUCGGGGCUGGAGCUUGCCUGUACGGUGUCCGAAGCGGCUAUCUUGUCCCAUCGUCCUCCAUACCGAAACUUCCUGAAUCGGUGGAAACUUAUGGUCGAGUGCCUACGGGGGGUAUGGCCAACGUCACAUCGACAGCGUGGGCCUCUUCGCCUUCAGACAGUAUCUCCUAUGGACAAACCAACAGCCGCAAUACAUAUUUCAUUGAAGAAAGCUCGCAUGGGUCCGCAGUGUACGGAAGUAGAGAAUUCACUCCGCCUUCAGCGCAAACUCAUGUGAAUUUUUGUACUAAAACACAGGUCUCUGAAAAAGCUUAUUCGCCGACUCCGUUUGACCAGUCUUUCUCUGGUGUAUGUGACGAAAAGGAGAGUGCAGAACAAUUGACACACAAUCGUUCGGUCUUUUCACAUCAAGAUUCCAUUUUCAGGGACUCAGCUGUGUCUCUAAAUGUUAAUAGAGAAAACCAAGACAGUAAAGUGGAGAUGCUUGCGACAGGCUGUGAUGGGAUGUUAAGAGAUCUCUCUUACUCCAGUGUACGCAGUGGCAACAAUGGUGUAGAAAGAACUCAAGGGUGCUCAACCUCAUGUCUGUGUCAUAACACUCAGAGCUCUCCAAGCUCAGAAAUGCCUCGUUCUUUUAUCCCAUGUAAGAACAUUGCCACUUACAAAACGGAGUUUACUAAAUCAGAAACAAGUCCUGACUGCUGUCCGGAGAGUAAUGAUGAGUGGCAAAAUUAUUCUACACCGCUAUUGCCAGCGUAUUCAAAUCAAAAUCCGACUUCAAGAAGAUCAAAUACCAAGGACAAAAAUGCUCUCGAAAGAAUAGAGGGCGACUGUAGAAAGGACAAGAGGAACAUCUUUGUCGAAAACAAGAGGAGUCAAGGCGAGCAGAUCAUAAACAGUGGCGAAGAUGUCAACAACAUUAUCCUAAAAACCCAUGCUGUAUUCAGGGCUGAGUUGUGCACUACCAAAGGCGACUGCACUGAUACAAUCACAAGUUACGUCAGAAAAUCAACACCCCGCAGCUGUAAAGAACUGACCAAUAGGAGAGGGCGCCUGAACGGACAGACUACGCCCAUGUCUUUGACUGAAGGUAAAGAUGGCCCCUGUAUAGAGAGACGGAUAAACGGAUCCUCAGAAACCAGAACGGAUGACGAUAUAGGUGAGCACAUGGAAAGAGGCGUGAAAAGCUCAGUAAAUACAGAUCAUCACAUGAAUGCUAAUAAGACUCUGAAUGGCUUUGGUAAGACUUCAGCAAUUGGCACAGAAGUAGAGGGAGAAAACAAGGCAGGAUAUAAUACGCCGCCGUUGGAACGGACGGAGGCAACGAGACCGCUAGAGGUGGAGGCGAUGCACGUGCGAGAUGCAUACGCCCAGAUUGCGCCACAGAGCGAUCACGUGCGGCAAAAGGCGUGGCCUGCUGUCAAGCAAUUUCUGGACGACCUCACUCCAGGAGCUCUGCUUGCUGACGUUGGUUGCGGGAACGGCCGCUACUUAGAUGUGAACCCAAAGCUCAUCACAUUUGGCUGCGACGUCUGCCACGCAUUUGUCAAGCAAGCCAGGGGUCAAGGCCACGAGGUCAUGAUGGCAGACAAUGCAAAGCUGCCGUACAGAAGCGGUGUGUUCGAUGCCGUCAUCUCUAUAGGGGUCAUCCACCAUUUUGCGUCGAAUCGACGGAGGGUGCAGGCGUUGGCGGAGUUGACUAGAGUGCUAGCCCCAGGAGGCAGACUGAUGGUAUAUGUGUGGGCUUUUGAACAGACACACCGAAAAUUCGAAUGUCAGGAUGUCUUGAUCCCAUGGGUCCGGCCAGACUCCAGAGGUCGCAUCAAGCGAGGACUGAAGGCUACCAAGUCAGACGCCCUUCGCCACGUCAGGUCAGUUGGCAGCUCGGUCAGUUCUGUCAGUGACGAGGAGACGGUCAGCACCUCCGGCAGACGACAAAGGAGUCGCUCAGCGGGAGACGCGACCCGGAACCACUCAAGGGAACAGUUUAUGUCACGUGGUGUGGAGGCGUGCUCGUUGGGGCCAAUGGGUAGGCUCGGCGGCCAGGCAGCUAAUCCCUCUUUCUCACAUGAUGAUUUAGACGCCGGAAGCAGACGAUCCUUUUCUGGAAGUUGCUCGACAGUGAGCAAUGAUUUUGAGGGAACUGUGGAUGACAAGGGAAAUACAAGAAGAAAAGGAAAGCGCACAAAGUUCGGAGUUUUUGACAGGCGAGAGGGGACGAAAAAUGAAGAAAAGACUGAUGUCCACCUAAAAAAUGGUAACGAACAACGUGAGAACUUGACAUACAGACAGAGUGGGGGCGAGAGAAGAGACGGAUGGACGGAUAUGUCCACUCAGAAUAAAUGGCCAAAUCAACUGGUGUCUGAAUGUCGAAAACUGGGCAAAUUCUUGCGGAGCUUGUCCAGUCGAUCCAAUAGCCAGAGCCUGGACGGCGCAGAGGGUAGGGAUGACUCGGAUAAUGGUCAGGGCGAAAAGCGGGAUUCUGAACAUGCGGUUUCUUGUGGAACUGACUCUGUGGCGGAUGGGAAGAGCAUUUCAAGGCAAAGAAAGACAGUAGGAGUCGAGAAUCGAAAGGAGUGGACGUCAGCUUUGGCAAAAAGCCCCGACCGAGAAUGUGAGAUGAGAGGUUCUGAGGAAUCGAUGCCUCUAAAUCCUUGCUUGGAUUCUUCUGAUCUGUUGACGUCAUCCACCCACGCUAUGCGGGGCAGCGACUCAAGUGCGUCAUCCCCACCCUCAGGGUCCGUACCUUUGCUCGGCUGCUCUUGCCAAACCUCAGACAAUAACAACUUUUCCCUCUCACAAGUCGCCACGAGUUAUUACAAUCUACAGCCCAAGAUGGUCGAUGGCACCAAGCCGAAGUUUGCCGUUGCCAGUCAAAAAUGUAGUACGACUAGCACUUCAUUAUCCAGAGCUCAUCAAAAUGAAGAACGGUCUCGGAAGUGUGAGUCAUCUCAAGGAAAGUUCAAGAACAAUAAUGUGUCUGCCUGCAGUGCGGACAAAAUCGCCGAACAGGAAAUAAAACUGAGUGCGAGAGAAAUAGACAAAUGUGUAGCGUUUGACUCCAGGCGAGAUUUUGAAGAUUACGGGAAUGUGGUGCAAGCGAAAACCCCCGAAUCCCGAUUAGUUAAAGAAUCAAAAACUUCCGAACUUGAGGGCGGCGGUUUGACAGAUAUUACGACUAUACCGUCGACAGAUUCGCAGUUGAGAGCUCCACCACGGGCUGACACCAGAGAAGAGUGGAGCUGUCAGAACAAGAGCACUUCUACCGGUCCCGGCGGCCUCGCCCAACAAGAUCUCCUGUCAUCCUCCAUUAAAACGUCAACAGAACGAAGACGAGACAAGUUUUCAGAUGAGGAUCGUAAGCGCGAAAAUUCAUCUCAGGAGGGCCAUGGGUUUCUCGAUAAACUACAGCCUCUUUUGGGGGGUAAUAAACCACCUUCGGAUGAAAAACGUGCUCAAGGUAGAAACUGUCGAGUGAACUCAGCAGCUCCCUUUCGCUCUGAACCUGGCCAGCAAAAGAUGAACGCUAACUUGAGACUGCUGAGCUCGACUAUGUCCGACAUGGACGACUCCACAAACGUUCCCCUCCUGUCGGAUACCACUGACUGUGUUAAAAAUGAGGGUCUUUUUUCUUUGGACGAAAAAAGGGAUACUCGUUCCUUUUCGAGACGUUACAAUAGUGAAGAAAAAGACGCGUGUGCCCCACCUGUGCUUGGGGUGGAAGAUACUCGAGGUGUUCUCUGUGACACAGUGUCAGAUCCAUCACCGGCGAUCACCUUAAAAAGCGAAAACAGAACUGACCAAAACAAACGACCUGUAGAAAAUCCACUGCAAAGUGAGGAAGACAAUGCGAUCAAGGAAACGCCUUUUCCCAGGAAUUCGGUUCGUAAUCUGCUGUCACGCCUUGCUAACGCUUUCCACCUCCGCCCCUCCUCGGGUUACUCGCACUUCAACAACGAUAACACUUCGUCCUCUCCAGUGUCCAGACAGGGCGUAUCCGAGGCCAGCGGUAGCGAGAAUGACACGUCCAUGUCUACUUUGUCAACUCGUAGCGGCCUCGUCUCCUACACUGUUUCUGAUUUUAAUCGAUUGAAUAGCGACAACGAAUUGCCUGGCCAUCCCUCUGAUGAGGGGGACAAUGGUAAAGUGCAGAGUUGGGGAGAGUGGGAAACCGAAGCUGAUCAGGAGAGAUCCGGGAUCGCAAGGCGUUUCAGCAAGUUCAGCAUCUUCAAGGUUAACGUGUCCGAUCGUCCGAAGUCAGCGAGUUUUAUCGACGAUGUGACGGAAGCGACUAAAAAAACCUCGAGCAAGCCCAGCCCAAGCCUUUCUGGAAAGCCGUAUACUUUUACGUUAGCGGAUCUCAGCCCCGCAGCUGAGGAAAAAGAUGGUUUUAUUCGGAGCCUGUCCAAAAAGUGGUCUAACCUUGUAGCUCGCACAAACUCGACGAAACCCAAAGAGCAAGAAUGCAAGCACUACUCUCCUGUUUCGGUAACAUCAUCUGGUGACGAAGUGGAGUCGAACGUAACAAUUUCUCUCAGCAAAGACCCUUUGUGCGUCCCCGUUGCGAAACAAAUCUUGAAAAGACCAACAACCCUGGACUUCAGCAAGAAGAGGACCCGCUGCAAGUGUCGACGAUCCGACAUUUUGGGAUCUGAUACGAAGGCGACGACCGCGUCGUCCAAGCCAAAACGGACACAGCAGCUGUCUCUGGAGGAUGCUAUGACCCUUAUCGGAGACGGCGCCCCGGAGGCGAGUGUGGUCAACCGGCUGGACACAGCUGCUCAGGUGGUCUUUGCGGAGAUGAAGCGUCUGAGGUUCGCCAUCCGCCAGUUCCCCAAGAGCAGCGUGGACAGUGAAGAGGACACGGAGAACGCCACCAGUGGUCUUGACACUGCGGCUUGCAGCCACCAACCUCCAAAGGUAAAAACCUCGGAAAGUGGUGGGCAACAGUCUAACGUAUCGACUGCCAGAAGGAGAUACGCCGUGACCAGAAGGUACUCGGAUUCCGUGACGUCAUUGAAAGUCCGGUCCAAACGAGGGCGCGGGCUCCUGCAGCUCCGGAAGGAGAUAGAGCAAGGAGGUCUGGAUUUGAGCUCAGAUCUUCGUAUUAAGCACUCUGGCCAGCACACUCGGGGAAAGCCUGUUCUGUUUACUAGUUUGUCCGAAAGUUACGCAGAUCCUGGGAACACGGAGUACGAGCCGUCGUUUUCUCUGAAACAACACUCGGACAUGAACCCGAGUGAAUACGAAAUUGCGACCUCGUCAAUUGAUGCCAACGUCUAUAUACCUUUAUCAGACUCUGGAAACAUGGCGAUGGACAAAGCGAGAAACUAUAACAACUGCGCAUCAUUUUGCGCUUCAGAAAAUCCUGUUAAAACGGACAAAGAUAAGCUAUCAUCAGCUCAACUGAGAACCUCCAGGGCUCCAAUCGGUUGUGGUAAAGGGAAAAAUGACAGAGACGAAGCAGAACAAAAGAUACAGACAUACAGAAACACACUCUUAUCUACCUCCCCACACACCCCACCUUCCUCGUUGUCAGGCCAGCAGGCGGAAGGCAGAACCACCACAGCGGCGGCGGCCGAGGAAGAAGAAGAGGAGUCCACUCUGUCAGGGGCGUCCCCUGUGUUUGACAGUCCGGGUCAGAAGAACAAGAACAACAGCAACACGGCAGACGCGAGACUCAGUCGUUACUAUCAUGUGUUCAAGAGAGGCGAGCUGGACCAGCUGAUCAACGACCACGUGCCGUCCCUCACGAUUGUUGACAGUUUUUACGACCACGCCAAUUGGUGCAUUAUCGCUGAGAAGCAGUGAAAGUCUGUGCCUUUGAGCCUCAGAUCCGCCUGAAUAGUAUUCCACAGAACACAUCUUAUUAUUUGUAUAUCCUAACGUCAGUUUUAUGUUUCCAAAGAAGAAUAUAGCCGUUUAGCUAUCUACUAUUGGCAACAUUCUGGUACACUUUGGUAUAAAUUCGGUGCGUAUUUAUUUGUUGGAACAUGGUUGUGUUUACAUGAAUUUGGGGGGACAAAGGCCAAAAUCCAUAUUCAGUUUCCUGUUUAGAAGCUGUACAUUUGUAUGACAUGUUUACAAUAUACAUUAAAAGAAGACAUCAAC